AUGGCGGAGAAAGAGGGUGGCCGGACUGUGCCAUGCUGUUCCGGACCCAAGGUGGCAGCUCUCGCUGCGGGGACACUGCUGCUCCUGACGGCCAUCGGGGCAGCAUCCUGGGCCAUUGUGACCUUUCUACUCAAGAGUGAUCAGGAGCCGCUGUAUCCGGCCACGUCCAGUCUGCCAGCAAACCCUGUCCCUGCGACCCAGGGUCUAAACCCUUCGCCCCCACCGUCCCUGCCCUGGCCCAGCUUCCAUCCACCCCCUCCUGGACACCACAGCAGCCCCUCCCCAGGUCCCCCGCUGCUCUGCUCCCGGGCCCGCAGGCAGAGGGAGCCUGUGAACCGCCGAGUGGGGCGGAACCGGGUCCUGUCCCGAUGGCGGGUGUUUGCCGGAGCUGUGGCCCAGGCCUCCCCCCAUGGCCUGCAGCUGGGGGUGCAGGCGGUGGUGUACCACGGGGGCUACCUCCCCUUUCGAGACCCCAACAGCGAGGAAAACAGCAAUGACAUCGCCCUGGUCCACCUGUCCAGCCCCCUGCCCCUCACGGAAUACAUCCAGCCCGUGUGCCUCCCGGCUGCCGGCCAGGCCCUGGUGGAUGGCAAGAUCUGUACCGUAACCGGCUGGGGCAACACACAGUACUACGGCCAACAGGCUGGGGUACUCCAGGAGGCCCGAGUCCCCAUAAUCAGCAACGAUGUCUGCAACGGCCCUGAUUUCUACGCGAACCAGAUCAAGCCCAAGAUGUUCUGUGCCGGUUACCCUGAGGGUGGCAUCGACGCCUGCCAGGGUGACAGCGGUGGCCCCUUCGUGUGUGAGGAUAGCAUCUCUCGGACGCCACGUUGGCGGCUGUGUGGCAUCGUGAGCUGGGGCACCGGCUGUGCCCUGGCCCAGAAGCCAGGUGUCUACACCAAAGUCAGUGACUUCCGGGAGUGGAUCUUCCAGGCCAUAAAGACUCACUCCGAAGCCAGCGGCAUGGUGACCCAGCUCUGA